ACAGUUCGUUUUUUCCUUGACUUAUUUUGAAUUUGAUUCGGACGGUCAGUAAAUUUUAAAAAGCGUCAGUGAGGUUGUAAAAAAUGGGUUUCUAGAACGGCCGGGCAGCUUAACACCAACUACCGGAAUUACCGAAAACGAUGGACCAACGGUGACACAAUGGCACCUCCUGGAAUUACCAGUUCUUCCGAGUCGAAAAUUCGGAAAAACUUGUCAAAUGGUCAGUUAGAUACUAGAGAAAUCAUAGUAAUGGACGGCGGAUUCGCCACCCAGUUAAGUUGCCACGUGCAGCAACCCAUCGAUGGAGACGUGUUAUGGAGCGCCAGGUUUUUGGCAACCGACCAAGAAGCUGUAAUUAAUACACAUCUGGACUUCUUGAGAGCUGGCGCGGAUUUAAUCAUUACCAACACAUAUCAGGCGGGUAUAAAUCUAUUCAUGAAACACCUUAAUCUCACUGCAGACGAAAGCUACAACCUCAUAAAAAAAGCCGUAGAAUUAGCCCAAACGGCAGUAGUUCGCUACCUUGACGAAUUUCCAGGAAAUCGUAUGUUAAUACACCGACUGGGAGGCAAUUUAAUCGAUCAAACACUUUCAGGCAGACCUUUAGUAGUAGGUUCGGUGGGUCCGUAUGGAGCGUCUCUACAUGAUGGAUCUGAAUAUACCGGGUCUUAUGCGAAAACAACAUCCGUGGAUACAAUGAAAGAGUGGCAUUUGCCAAGAAUAAAAGCUUUGGUGGAGGGCGGCGUGGAUCUGUUAGCUCUUGAAACUAUACCAUGCAAAGUAGAAGCAGAAAUGCUGGUUAAAUUGUUAAAAGAGCAAUUCCCAGGCGUAAAAGCUUGGUUAUCAUUUAGUGUUGGGAGUGACGGAAAAACUACGGCAUUUGGUGAAAAUUACCAGCAAACAGCUAUAGCUUGCUACAAUAUGAAUCCAGAACAACUUGUUGCCGUAGGAGUGAACUGCACAGCUCCAAGACUAAUCGAACCACUAAUAUCGGGUAUUAAUGCCAACAGAUCAAAGCCCAUCCCGUUAAUUGUAUAUCCCAACAGUGGAGAAAGUUACAAUGUCGAACUGGGUGAUUCGCCAAACCACAGAUGGAUUAAUCGAGACAAAUGCGAACCUGUGGAAACUUAUAUCGAUCGAUGGCUGGACUUGGGAGUCACUUGGAUAGGUGGUUGUUGUCGUACAUACGCCAUAGACGUAACAAGGAUAAGGAGAGAGGUGGAGAAAUGGAAACAAGCCAGAGAGUGUUGAAUCUGAGUGUUGUUUUAUUAUUGUCAAAUGUGUAAUUAUGUAAUUUUUUAAUGACUAAAAAUAAAAUAUAAACCGAUAUAAAUCAUAUUAAUAUCUAAGACA